AUGAGUAAAUCACAAAGUAAAGAAUUUUUCAAGAAAAAACAACGUGGUCGAACUAAAAAAAAUAGUUUUACUGCUGAUGGUGGAAUAAGUACAAGUGGUCCAACAGUAAGCAAUGCACCAAUAGCAAAGCUAUUUCCUCUUCAAACAUCUCAAGGAAGUGCAACUGGUUUGCUCGGUAAUGGCGAAGAUCCAGCUGUUGUUGUUAUUAAUCCUCUUCCACCAACUUCAUUAAAUCAAACAAAAGAAAAACGUACAAAAAUUUGUUGUCUAUUGUAA